AGUAAACUCGCCAAAAUCACCGUGGACACCCUUUACACGACUGCGACCACUGCUGCGACGCACAACAGAAUGCUGAUACCAUUCAUGGUACAGUGAUAAGGUCCUGCGCCUAAUCCUGUUCAGAUUUAGCAUUUCAUAUCGGAUCAUCAAGUGACCUGGUGGCACAUGUCGCGUUUGCACCCUAUAAAGUCCCUGUGGUCUCGCUCGAGCAUCAGGUCCAACGAAUCCCCGUCUGCAAUCAUGACAUCCCUACCAAAUGAACCUGUCACGUUGGCUGUCAUCGGCUGUGGUCAGAGAGGGACUAACUAUGCUGCAUACGCCCUUGAUCACCCAAAGAAGUGCAAGGUCGUUGCUAUUGCAGAACCAAGGCCAAAGACCCGCGAUAUUUUUGCCCAUAAUCAUAAGCUCGAUCGGACCCUUGUGUUCAACGACUGGCAGGAACUCUUAAAGGCUUCCGCUGACACCAUUCAAACUAUUGAGAAGCGUCUUGUGGACGCAGUAAUUGUUGCGGUGCAAGACCACAUGCAUUGCGAAGUGGUAUCGGCAUUCGCAGCCCAGGGGUACCAUAUACUUUGCGAGAAACCCAUGGCUACAAGUCUGCAAGACUGCCUCGAAAUAGGAGAAGGCAUUGGUCACGUCUUGCGUUACUCUCCUUACAGCAAGGCCAUCACCGAAGUGGUCCGUUCAGGACAGUUGGGUGAGCUGAUCAACGUGGUUCACAUCGAGCCCGUUGGUUACUUUCACUUUGCUCACUCUUUCGUUCGGGGCCAUUGGAAGAAGGAAUCUAAAAGUUCUUUUUCUCUCAUGACCAAGUGCUGCCAUGAUAUAGACAUUCUCUGUCACUGGCUUUCCCCUGCGAUUCCGACGCGAGUAUCUUCGUUCGGCUCUUUACAGCAUUUUCGCAAGGAGAAGAAGCCUCGCGCAGCAGGCGCUGCAACUCGCUGCUUGGAAUGUUCAAUAGAACAAGAUUGCCCAUACAGUGCAAAGAAAAUAUACCUGGAACCUGUUUCUCGCGGAAAUACCCACUGGCCAGUCAGCACUAUUGUGGAUGGAAUACCGGACAUAGAGAAUAUUACCGAUGCUCUGCGCAAUGGACCUUACGGACAAUGCGUGUACGAAAGCGAUAACGAUGUAUGUGAUCAUCAGGUUGUAAAUAUCGAAUAUUCAUCAGGAGCCACUGUCUCAUUUACGAUGGUGGCAUACACCUCAUUGAUUUGCGAACGUCAGACACGGUUGCAUUUCACGCAUGGCGAGAUAGUUGGCGAUAUGAAUAAUUUUACUGUCACCGACUUCCGCACUGGUCAUAAGACGACGCACCACCCGAAAAAUGAAGGUGGUGGCCACGGAGGCGGAGACUUGGGUCUUAUCCGUACUUUUGUCGAGGCCGUGCGCACGAACAAUCAAGAACUACUGGGGACCGAUGUCUCCGAGGUGCUCAAGAGUCAUCUCACCGUAUUUGCUGCUGAGACGAGCAGAAGGGAAGGCACAGUGAUUGAUUGUGCGAACAUUAGCUGGCGAAGUACUAUAGGUAUGCUGCCUGAUUAAAUAUUAAGGCCCUCUGGUUGCAUAUAAUCCAACUUCCCAUCGUCCACACCGCUAUUAGAGCCAGUCUUGAUAAACAUUGGGUAUUGGAUAAUCAUUGAUUGAAUUCGACUUUCCGGGUUGUCAUCCUUUUCCACAUUCGUUUCGCGGAUAAGACCAUAUGCAUGGAUGUAACUUGCUGAAUACUGUGUCGGACAAAUGUAAUUUGUUUGCUUGUUAGUUUACGUCGUAUCGUAGUAUCGUUAUGAUCAGUUGCGCUGAUCUGAAAGUGGCGGGUGGGUGUAAGAAGACUGAGACCUGACAGCUAGGACUUAGAGA